ACAUUCUUGACAUAUUGAUCCAAAACAUUGACCUCCUUCAAAAAUGCCACUCUCGUCCUAGAUCAAUUCACAAACUAGCCAUGCGGCUGUGAGAAUAAUUUGCACCCGCAUGAACGGAUUUGAAAAGACUUGGCUGCUACUAUCAUGUCGAGUUUUCAAAGCGAUCCCAGCAUCAUUCCCAUGCAAGAGGAAGACAUCCUCCAAAGAUGUAUGCGGGUAAUAGCCUCAACUCCGGAGCUUCCCCCACCAUGCUCCCUACCCGUGAUGCCGGCCAAUAGCGGAGCCCCUGUACUCUACCCAGCUCCUUCCAUAUCUACCAUUAUCCCGUCCUGUACGCCCAUUUUCAUGAUGCCGCCCAUGGUGACCCACCCUAGUGUUCCAGCCGUGAUGCCGGGUUUAAACGAGACCUCUCGACCUCCAAAGCCAGUCAAGAAGCCAAAGAGCAAGUCUUCUGCGCCAACUUGUGAUAUUUGUGGGCGGGAAUUCUUGUCGGAUCGCAAUUUACGUGUCCACACGGAUGAGAUCCACAAAGGAGGGCGUGGCAAAUUCACUUGCGCCGAUUGCGGGUUGGUGUUCACUCGGAUUCGAAGUUUGGAACGCCAUCAGAACUCAAUCCAUCUCAAAGAUAGACCUCUAUGCAAGAUCUGUGAUAAGUUCGUAGUCAACUACGACCGCCAUUACCGAAGAUUUCAUUGUAAAUCCAUCUCAAUCCAGACCGACAACAAUACAGAUUGACCACCAAGGCAAGCGGCAAGCUAACUCCGAAAAGGCUGUUAAUUGUAGUGUUGCGGUGAAAGACACGACCCAAAGGUGUCUUUCUUUCCCACGAUGCAUUGCCAUUCAGGACCAAAUCGACGAUCUAACAUGUCUUUGAUCCAACCAGCUAAUUCUCCAAAAUGUUCAAUGCCGCCCAAUUUCAUUAUCCCGGUAC